AUGGCGGACCGCAAAGAGGCUCAGGCCUUUGGCUUGAGACAAGAUGACAUCAGUGAUGAACGACCUGAUAAUGGAAGUACCAUUGACGCACAGAACUUUGCGUACAGUGAGGAUCGAAAGAUUGGUAUUACGGGCGCCGUGUUUUUGAUUCUGAACAAGAUGAUUGGAACAGGAAUCUUUUCAACGCCUUCGAGUAUAUUUGCAGCUACUGGCUCUGUCGGCAUCUCUCUUAUGCUGUGGGUGAUCGGCGGCUUCCUCACCUUCUGCGGUCUAAGCGUAUUUCUCGAAUUCGGCCUUGCCAUCCCACGAUCUGGUGGCGAGAAGAAUUAUCUCGAGCGCGUUUAUCGACGACCUCGAUAUUUAGCAACUUGCGUUCUUGCAUCGCAGAUGAUUCUUCUCGGCUUCUCAUCUGGUAACUCCCUCGCAUUCGGACGAUACAUUCUCUUUGCAUCUGGACGAGAAACACCCGAUGGCUGGGAAGCCCGCGGUAUCGCAGUCACAUGCGUAACCUUCGCCGUCCUAAUGCACAGCAUAACUCCCAAGUGGGGUAUCCGUCUCUUCAACGUUCUCGGCGUCUUCAAAGUCGUCAUUCUUCUCUUCAUCGUCUUUUCAGGCUUUGCCGCUCUCGCAGGUCACCGCCGCGUCCCAAACCCUCACAACUUUGACAACGCUUUCAGAAUCGAAGAUGGCGAUGGCUACGGCGGCGGCGGAGCAUACGCUUACUCCAACGCCCUUUUGAAUAUCAUCUACAGCUACAAAGGCUGGGAGAACGCAAACUACGUCGUCAGCGAACUGAAGCAUCCCAAGAAAACUCUCGCCAUCGCAGCCCCUAUUGCAAUCGGUGGCGUCACAAUUCUCUACGUCCUCGCAAACGUAGCGUACUUUGCCGCCAUUCCGAAAUCAGACCUGGCCAAGUCCGAAGUCAUCGUCGCUGGUCUCUUUUUCCGAAAUAUCUUUGGUGAGAGCGCGGCUGCACGAAGUCUUCCUGCUUUUGUGGCGUUGAGUAAUCUUGGAAACGUCCUUGCUGUUUCGUUUGCGCAUGCAAGACUUAAUCAGGAGCUUGCGAAGGAGGGAAUGUUGCCGUUUAGUCGGUUCUGGGCGUCGAAUAAGCCUUUCAAUGCGCCGGCUUCUGCACUCUUUCUUCAUUGGAUUGUCACGGUUGUUGUUCUUCUCGCACCGCCUGCUGGACCAGCGUAUAACUUUAUUGUCAACCUAUACACAUACCCUGGUUCGUGGAUCAACGGCUUCGUCACAGCAGGUUUGAUAUACCUGCACUACAAGAAGUCCGAGAACUGGACAUCACCGUGGCACACAUAUCUCCCCAUCUCGAUAAUCUACCUCCUCGCCAACAUCUUCCUCGCCUUCGUACCGUUCAUCCCACCCGAUGGUGACUGGAACGCAGACGGAUAUCCGUACUACGUCUUUCCUGUUGUUGGUGUUGGUGUUUUGAUCCUUGGUGGUGUUUACUGGAGCUUCUGGACAAAGAUACUUCCGAGGAUUGGAGGAUACAAAGUUGUUGCGGAUAGGACGUUUGAUGACUCUGGUGUUGAGACUGUUAGAUACCGAAGGGUUCCUGUUAAGAGGGACUAGUGAGCGUGGCUUGGGGACGGUCUGCGGGAAAUUGUGAUAGGUUGUGGUACAUAAAGUUGAGGAAGUUUAUGAUCUUAGGGUAUCGUAUGACGAUUUCAGAAUAUCUUAUGAUAGCAUUAGGUAUCUUAUGAUGGGUUUACAUAAAUUCUUAGUACUUCGUUAGCUGCU